AAAUAUAGUCCGCAUCAUUGUUCAUUCGAAACAAGAUAUUGCUUCAAAUGCAAAACUAUAUUAUUGACUAUUAAUCUCUUAAGUAUGAUUUAUUAUCGUUAACUUUACUUCUUAAUUAUGAUUUCAAAGUUACCUAAAACUCACAUUGAAAUGUUAAAAAGAAGAAAAGUAUAACAGACUGAUUGCCUGCUCGAUGUUUGCCUUCAAAAUAUAAUAGCUACGUGUAACUCACCAUUUAAACUCAAACAUUACACACAAAAGGCCUCCGUUUUGAUAUAUGAAAGGGAUUUUCUCACAGUUGAAUCCCGAGUUAAGAUCGUAUAGCGAAAACGCGUUUUCUAUGCAGAAAUACAUGCGAGCAUCGAUCAAUCUCAUAUCUUAUAUGAUAUGAAAACUAAGAGUUUGUUUAUUUUAAAGUAUCUUAGUUUAUUUGUUUUAAACAAAGCAAGUUUGUUGAAGUUAUUGCUGAUAAAAAUAAAUUUGAAACGAAAUAAAAGUAAGUUAUUUUUAUACUAACAAAAUAGAAAAUAAAUGCACGAUUUCGGAAAUGUCUGAUAGGGAUUCGAAUCUGUAACUUUUAACAACCGCGCAAUAUCUCGACUAAUUGUGCUACAUAUGACAAGAUCUAUCUUCAAAAUGCUUAAAAUAAAUGUCAUUAAAGCAUUGUAAACGCAUCAAAAGAAAAGGGAAAUAAACAAUAUAGUAGUUUAUCAUAACGACAACAUGAUUGAAAGUGAUAGCAAAAUAAUUCACAUCAAACCUGUGGCUCCCAAACUGGAGUGUGAAAAGUGUUGCCAGUGAUUUCUGAAAAGUGUAGGAUUUAAAGUGCAAAAAUGUCCCUUCGGACACUUAACAACACUACACUGCAGAGUGUCGGUUGGAAUGAAACCGACGCGUGGGGCUUGUCGCCGUUGGACGCUGACCUGGACGUGUUCUAUCGUCCAGAUUUGGUGAUAAUAGUGUUGUAUGUUGCCGUGCUGACCGCUUCGCUGUCAGCUAACACGCUUCUCAUCUUUAUCGUCAUCAAGUUCCAGUACAUGAGGAAGUAAGUACACACCUGUUUAUUAUAAUUUAAUUUCGGGGAAUUCUUUGAUCUUUCUUUACAACUAAAUCGUGUUUCAAUUCUGAUUGCUCUUCACAUAGAAAUAUACAUCUUACAUAGUGUAAUCAACAAUAUAAAAGAAAUCUGCUAUAUGGUUAUUGCCGGUGUCAUAUUACGAAUAUAUUUAAUAUAGCAAAAAUAUUUGUGGCAUCUACUCAGACUAAAUGAAAUCCGGGACAUUGGAGAUAAUAUAAAAGAUAUUUCUUUUAUCUAGGAAAAGUAAAUUUGUUGUUAAUGAAACUAAAUGUUUGGUAAUUCUUCAUACACUAAUUUUAACUAAUAACCUCCAUGGUUGAGUAGCUCAAAAGCUAAUUUCAAUAUGUUUUAUCACGGGUUCGAGUCCCGGUUUAUAUUGUCUUGGAUCUAAAUGUAGUGGUACUAUUGUUAAUUUAAACAACACAAAGUUUUUGUCGAUUUUGUUUGAGAACUGAGCGAUAUGUGUGAUGUUGUAUAAUAUAUUAAGUAUUUCUUAGAUAUUAUUAGGUAAAACAUUUAAAAAAAUCCCUGGUACUCUAACGAUCAGUUGCACAAACUUCUAUUAAGGUUUAAUGACGCCCUUAAGCUCUAAUGAAUGUCAAAUUUGUAUGGGUAAUGUCGCUUUAAAGAAAUAAAAUUUUAAUGGAUGUUUGUGCAACUGGAUAUUAGUCGGAUUUUUUAAGCAUUUUUGAUUAACUAUAUUUCAGGUUUGAUAAAUAAAUCCUGGAACUAAUCUGAAAAGGCUGUACAAAAACACAUAAUAAUAUAUUAAUAACAGAUAAUUAAUGAAAUCCACGCUAAUUAUUAUAAUUAUCUGCUUUUCUCAAAGCCACCAAGUUAGAUAAUAAAGUUACUGGACCUUACUAAUAGUAUCUGAAUUGUAAAUACUGCUCUACCCUCGCCACAUACUAAUGACAAUUAUAUUUACUUAUCGUUAAUAUUUAUAAGGGUGAUUUACGCAAUAUUUGUAUUGUAGCUAAAUAAAUACAAUUAGUUACAAUGAUUGCUUACUUUGCCAUUGUUUAUUCGAUAUAUUUGAUGAUAGGUACUGUAUUAAUAACAGAUUAGGAUAUAGAUAUGCUCAAGUAUAUGUUAUAUUAAUUUGAAAAUUGCUGUUGCAAAUGUUACAGAAUUUAUAGUUAAAAUUUAUAUAUAAAAAAUAGUUUGGCGAGUUUAAUACCUAUAUAAAGAAUUAAUCAAAUAAUAAUCACUAGAAAUAUAAAUUUUGAAGAGACGAGGACGCGAGAAAAAGUUCGUAUAAGUAAUUAUAAAUGCAAAAAGUUGGGAAAACGUUCGUUGUUUCAUAUCCGGUUGCUAAUCUAAUAAAACGUUUACGAAGCGUUCCUGAAAUGUCUGAAGGGAAGGUGUAUGACGUUGACAUUAUAAAGCAAAAAUGAAUUUCAUUUAAGAGAGAACCUUUAAUCUCUUUUUCUUUUAAGUCUUCUCACACUUCUAUUUACUUAUGCUUAGAGUGACACCCGACUUUUUUAAGAUAUAUUGCUCACACACUAAAAACUUUCCUUAAUAUAAAAAAUAUUUAUUUAAAGAGAAAGGUUUGAAUACU